GCCUUUCGGCCACUCCUGUGUGGGAUUCUGAGUUUAAUGCUCCCUCCGCUCCUUCUCGGUUGCCGGGGGACGUGUUUUACUGACUACCUUUUGCGUUGUUUCUACACGACGCGUAAAAUUCUCUUCAGGAAAAUCGAGACUGCUGCAGUUUCACCUUUAAUUUCUCCCGAACUACACUGAAGUCCCCAGCCAUGCUACUACCCUCAUCACUCCUACUCCUCCUGGGCCUCCUCACAUGGAGUCCCAGUACGACAAGAGCAGCUAAAGUGAUUGUGGUCCCACCCAUCAUGUUUGAAUCGCACCUCUACAUCUUCAAAACGCUGGCAACAGCUCUACACAAGGAGGGCCACGAGACCCAUUUUCUAGUUUCAGAGGGUCGUGAGGUCCCGCCCUCUCCUCACUACCAUUUACAGCGCUAUCAAGGGAUCUUUAACAGCACCACAGCUGACAAUUUUCUCCAAUCCAAAGUCACCAACAUCUUCUCAGGCCGCCUGACAUUUCUCGAACUGUUUGACAUUCUUGACCACUACUCUCAGAACUGCGAUGCUGUCGUUGGCAAUACUGAAGUAAUGAACCGGCUGAAAGAGGCCAAGUUUGACCUGCUGCUAGUGGACCCCAAUGAAAUGUGCGGUUUUGUGAUUGCUCAUAUCCUGGGUGUGCAAUAUGCUGUUUUCAGCACCGGCCUGUGGUACCCUGCAGAGGUUGGAGCCCCGGCCCCGUUAUCAUACGUACCGGAAUUCAACUCGCUGCUGACCGACCGCAUGUCCUUGAUGCAGAGGAUUGCAAACACAGCUGUUUACCUCGUACAGCGCUUUGGAGUCCAUUACAUCGCACUGCCCAAGUAUGACCGGAUUAUGAAGAAGCACGGAGUGAAGCCUCAAGUGGCCAUGGCUGACUUGGUGCAGGGAAGCCGGCUGUGGAUGCUGUGCACUGACAUGGCUCUGGAAUUCCCCAGACCCACCCUUCCACAUGUGGUGUACAUAGGUGGCAUCCUCACCAAGCCUCCCAGCCCACUGCCACAGGAUUUUGAAGACUGGGUGAAAGACACAGAAGAGCACGGCUUUGUAGUUGUGUCAUUUGGAGCCGGUGUAAAGUACCUUUCCAGUGACAUUGCUCACAAACUAGCAGGUGCCCUUGCCAGACUGCCCCAACGUGUCAUCUGGAGAUUCUCUGGCGUGCCACCCAGUAACCUUGGCAACAACACCAAGCUUGUUGAUUGGAUGCCUCAGAAUGACUUAUUAGGUCACGCUAACACAAGAGCGUUCCUGAGCCAUGGGGGCUUGAAUAGCAUCUAUGAGGCCAUGUAUCAUGGUGUGCCGGUGGUGGGUGUACCUCUUUUUGGAGACCAUUAUGAUACUAUGACGCGCGUAGCAGCCAAAGGAAUGGGAAUCAUGUUGCACUGGAAAUACAUGACAGAGGAAGACCUCUUUACAGCCCUGAGCAGCGUCAUCACAGACACCAGGUACCGCCAGCAAGCCCGUUAUCUCUCCAAUAUUCACAAAGAUCAACCAGGCCACCCUGUGAGCAGAGCUGUUUACUGGAUCGGCUAUAUUCUCCGUCACAACGGUGCGAGCCACCUGCGCUCAGCUGUAUACGAGGUGUCCCUCUACCAGUAUUUCCUGCUGGAUGUGGUCAUUACUGUAGGGGCUGCCAUGGCUCUAGCGGUCUUUGCCCUACGCCGGUUGGCACGAUUGCUGAGGGGUAGGUCCAGGGACCACAGCAGAGGAGAUAACGUCAGAGAUGAUGGCAGCAUGGCCAAUGGACAUUGCCAUAAUGAGAACAUGGCCAAUGGGAAACACAAACGCAACGGCUCCUUGAAAAAUGAAAAGAAGAUCAAUUGAUGCUUCGAAAGGUUAGGAGGGAUGAGGAAGAAGUUGCCCUACGGACUCAGCUCUAGCUUUUGGUUCACUGGUUUUAUGAAAGUUUGGAAAGAAGGCUGUUCUUAGGUCUGCGUCUAGUGGCAACUGCUACUCAGAACAAGCAAGAGGCUGUGGAAAGGAUACACAAUGCGUUGUGUGAGGACAGAGCAAGACAUCGGGUGCUCAAAAUCUGUGUGUGUGUCUGAAUAUGGGUGAAUGUGUGUCUGUGUGUGUGUGUGUAAUGAGGUAUAUUUAACAAAAACUUUAACAACCACAACAGCAGGUGCAGCAAUACAUCAUUAAAUUUGGGAAUUCUUUGAGGAUGAAACACAGGAAAGACAUAUUUGGGGACAUCAUUUCUACCCGUGCGUCUUCUUUCCUGCCUGUUCUCUGUCUUCCUGCCUUCCUUACCAGUGGAAGGAUGAUGAAGAGGGGGAAUCUUGAGCGCCAACCCUCUCAUCCUCGAAAAAUCAAAACAAAACAAAUUAAGAUGGCUUUUGAAAGAUUUAGCAUUAAAUGUUUUUAACUGCAAACUCCAAGUGUUUGGUGAACUGUAAAUAGAGGGUAAAACUAUUUAUUACUGUACAAAUGCAUUUUAAUGAUCAGACUUUUUAACGCGUCUUAUUUUUAAUUUAUUUCAUAUCUCGGUCGGUGUGACAGCACCAUGUACACUCCGAAUCCUUAGCCCACAUCUGCACUCCACCCUUGUCCUUCAUACUCGUGAAACAAACAAACAAAGAAACAGCUGAUGGCAGCAGUCAGCGUGAGUAUGGCCCAGUCUGCGUGUUCUUUAAUUGCAUUAUCCACAGAAUGUACUGUUGUCUUCAGGCUGGCCAGUUUGUUCAUGCACUGUUUUCCCUUUUCACAAGGUGGUGCCAACUUGUGACUGCACUUAGCUGUGCGGUCUUUGCAUUAUCUCUUGACUGACUUUUGUUGUGGUAGAGAGCGACUCUGCCGAACUCUAUGUGGCUUGUCCUUGUGAAAAGGUGAUCAUGUUUUUUUUUUCUGCAGUAACGAUAUUACAAUAUUAUGAACAGGCAAAGCAAGAUCAGAAAGCUACUUAAGCUCAUGUAGUGAGGGGAGGAGUCUGGGCAUUAGUUGCACUCAUGAUUAGUUGCAUCAUCAGCCCCAUAUUUUAAUUCUGCAGCCCUCAUCUCUCUCUCCUCUUUUUUGAUAAACAUUUAUUACUUGUCAUUUCCAGUGCUACACUUCACUUUGUACAUCAUUCAACUAUGAUUCAGCUGUUAAUGAUUUGUUAAUAAAUGUUUUAAUUCUAAUGUGUUACAGAUGUUUUUAAAUUAUUCCGUUCAGGUAGAUUUCCAUUCAGCGCUUCACUUCUGUAAAUCUUUUAGAAAUACUGUUGAGGUUUAUGUGCAAACUUACCUUCUGUAAUUAUAUUAAUUCUGAGUGCAAGUUAUUCACAUUCUGCACACAGUUACACAGAUUUAUGGGUACGCAGUGUGCUUGAAUACGUGUGUGUGGUUGUUCUGGACUAGGAUGGGUGUAUGAAUGAAGCACAACAGAUGUGGUUCACGUGUGGUGUUUGAACAGUGGCACUCACAAUAGCAAAAUAACAAUAUCAGUUCAAGUGGAGGCUUUGUUUUAAUUCAGGGGUCUGAACAAAAAUGCUGCAUUAACUGUCAAAGUACAACAGUUUUAGCCUGUUUUCUAGGGCUCAAAUAUAAUUAGUAAAAUAAAAUAGUCAUUCUUUUAAUAAACGGUUAAAAAUGACUUGCACUCUACUGAUGCCUAGAACCCAUGGACAUGUCUAAGGUUUUUUUCAGUUAUUGUCUUCAGUCUUUAGGUUUGCUUUGGAAGUGAAAUGCAGCUUAAUCAGGUUGAGAUCAGAGGGCCGCUUCAGUGAUUGCACAAUAUUCCAGGUCAUUAACUUCAAAAACUGGGUUCAUUUCACAACAUGCUUUCGGUCAUUGUCCGUCUGAACAGUUACCCUUGCUGUCCAGUCAGCUUUGCUGCAUUUGGCUAAAUAUGAGCAGAAAGUAUCGAUCUGUUGACUUUAGACUGUCCCAUCAUCAGUAAAUACUAGUGACCCAGAGCCACUUGAAACCACUCAAGCCCAUUCAUUAUAUUGGCCUUACCAUGUUAUGUUAUUUGUUGUGAGUUGUCCCAAAUAUCGUGUAUCUUUUUUUUUUGUCUUUUCAUCAUUCUGGACAUGGUCCGCUCUAAGUUCCAACCUGUUGAAGAGUGCAAUUCCAGAAGUGGUCUGACUUUUCUAAUAGUUUUUAUGAAGUUUGGUUGGUUUCUUCUGGUUUUGGUGUUUUUAUUGUAUAAAGGAUCCUGGGAUCAUACACCUGUUGCCUUCAUUUAGCAUCCAGGCUUAUUUUCCUCUUCACCAAAACCCUGGUUUUUCUUUGUGUAUCUAAUGAAUUUGCUUUGUUUUGGGACCUUGAAUGAGGCCUGUUUCAGUUUUAUUGAGAUUCCUUUUGACCUCAUUUCACAGCUAUGGUUUCCAAAUGCAAAUUCCAUGCUUGAAAUCUAUUUUUACCUGCUAAAUUUAUGGGAAGAGGAACAAAAAAAAUACCUCACACCCAUCCUUUUCAAUUAUAUCUGAGAUCUUGAAAAUAAGAAACUGCAUUGAAAAAAGGUUUUAAUUCUUUAGUUGUUCAUGCAGUAUUUUUGUUUAACCCUUUGAUGAUUCAAUAACUGCACUUGAGCUGAAUCUUGAAGAGUCAAGUCAAAACUAUCCAAAACUCUGGCCAUGACUGUAUAUGACUUAACUAUUGUCACUAUUUCUACUCUUUUAAUUUUUGCCACUGUGCCUGCUAAUUGUAAAUGCAGGUAACAGAGAGGUAUUUAAAAGGGAAAAAAGGAUUGACAUAGUUCAAACUAUAGAAAUAAACCCCUCAUUUACAAUGAAUAAUGAUGUGUCAAAGUGAUAACUGUCCCUGUGGGGAAAUUCUCUUUUGCUGAGUUCAAAGUACAAGGCCAGUCGAAGAUCAUCUUUAGAGUCUGCAGGGUUUCAUUAUCCUUCUAAUUUGUAUUUUAGAAGGUGCUCGUAGGCAUAGGAGCAGAAAAAAAAUCAUGAACGUGGGAUCUUUAGUUGAUUUAUCAAACUACCAUGCUACACAUACUGUGCUUCUUCUUGUUCUUCUACCUUUUUUUAUGGAUGGAAUCAUAGCAGAGGGACUGUUUACCAACAACAACAACCUUAAUGUAAUGGCAACGGAACAUUUAACCUAGUCAACGUUGUUAAGAACUUAACAUCCAACCAAAAUGUUCACAAAUACUAUAUUUCAGAGAAGUUUUAUGACCUUCCUUUCUCUGUGAGCUAUAACAUCACUUGCACAGCCCAACCCAGCCCAUGAUGGGUAUGGCUGAUGGGCCUGCUGGUGCUACGCAAGCUAUGAACAGGAUCUGAAGAGAAAAUGUUUGUAAAGAUGGUUGUUUUUUUUUUGUUUUUUUUUUAGUUUUUCAGUAUUAAUAAUGUUGUACCCUACAUACUUAAAUGUCCCAACUUUAUGUUUCAGUAAAUAUAAAGUCGAGUGUAUCUGUUCUUGUGAUGUCUAUAUUUUACCUGCUUGAAUAACUGAUCAUUGCUCUGUUUUCUGUAGUGUACUAGCUUGUUCCCUUUGUCCACAUCUUUGUCUUUCUCUUUAAUUCCUUGUGUAUUUUGCCGUCUUUUGCGCCGUCCUUACCUGUCCUCACUUCACUGUAGUUAGUUCGACAUUAUUUUACUUUCAUUUUAAAUCUAGGCAAAAAAAAAAAAAAAGUCCUCACUUGUUCUGUCAUGUGUGUCCAUGUUGUACAUAGAUUGUAAACAAAAUGCUAAUGCUGAAUAAAAAAAAGCAUAUUUUGUUUGCA